AUCAAACAACAAUGGGCUUACCACCUAUCGUGACUGGAGUUUCCCCAAAGGAAGGACCUCCUGGAACUCGUGUAACAAUACGAGGAGAAAAUUUCGGCAGUGGACCUGAUGAUAUUAUUGGUCUAAUAAUUUGCAACUCUGAUUGUUUGCUAUCUGCUGAAUGGGUUUCAAGUAACAAAAUUGUGGCCAGAUCAGGUCCAGGUAAAAGCAAGGGUGAUAUAGUCAUAAUCACCAAAUCUGGAGGAAAGGGUUCAUGUACUGUACAGUUUAGGGGCUACCAUGAAACUAUUGGCCCUUUAAAAGAAAGUGCAGUUUGGGUUGAUGAGUCACAUUUGACUGGACUUGGAAGACACAGAGCUUUGAUUCCUUCCAGCUAUCAACAAGAUGACCCUUUAGGACUUUCUGUUGAAAAUGCAGUAAAAAAAUACCCUGAAGAAGAACUGCAAGAAUUAUUUCCUGAAUCAAACGGUGAGCUCGGAAGUGAAAAUUUUUCUCCGUCUUGGUUUUUGUUGCAGCAUCAUCACAGCACCGGAUUUGAUGAUUUGAAAGCUGGGCUUAGCUUUCUUAAACGACGGGUUGAAGCUCAGAAAGAAGGACAAAUAUCCUUUUUAAAGACCCAUGCAGGCUCAGUUAUAGAACAGAUGGACACUUUGAUGACUUUAAAAAAAGUUGUAGAAGAAAACAAAACAAAAUACGGGCCGGAUAUGACAGCGUCUUUGGAAAACUCCAUUUUGAGCGCUAAAACCGAAGCUGGUCGGUUGUUCGACGAUGUCCUGAAACGUAAAGAACAAGCUGACGGCACCAGAAAUGCUUUGGGAAUUCUGCAAAGAUUCCGAUUUCUGUUUCAUUUACCGUCUACCCUAGAUAAAAACAUUCAGAAGGCUGAUUACGAUUUGGUCAUUAAUGAUUAUGCAAGAGCAAAUGCUUUGUUCGGACAAACUGAAGUACAGGUUUUUAAACGAGUUCUGCAAGAAGCAGAGCAGCGAAUUUUAAAUCUCAGGGAGAUGCUACAAGAGAAACUGCAACAGUAUCCUGCAUCACUUGAAGAGCAAAAAAAAAUUAUUAGAAACUUGACAAAUCUUGAAUGUCCGAAUGAUCCAGCAUGGCUUUGUAUUGCUGGACAAUAUAAGCAUUGCUCUCAAAUAUUAUUCCAAUGUAAAGAUAAAUAUCUAAGUUUGGAGCAAGAAGAAAUUGUCAAAUCUGCACCAUCCAAAGGAAAACGAUCCAAUAAUCUGUUGUUGCCGUCAUCUAACUCUGCUGAAUCAUCAUCUAAUACUACGCCUGGAAGGGUAACAUUCCUUGAAGAACUUAACGAUCGGUUCACUUCUGUUUUUCCGGAACUGUGGAAACUUGGCCAAGCUUAUUUCGCUGGGGAAUUGUUUGUUCGGGCAGAUACAUUGAAAAAAGAAGAAUUCAAAAAAAUGGUAUUGGACGUGGUAACAAUAUUCAGUCAACUCAUCAGAGCUGCUUUAAUUCCUCACACUCUGGAUCGUCAAUCUCCACAUCGAGCUCAAUUUGGUAUUUGGCAAGCCUUCAGUGGAAUCUUUUCUGAUCAUGAAGGAAUUGGAUCGUGGUUCGUACUUUGUCUUCGAACUGUUCGAACCUGUUAUGCUGAAUUACUUACGCUGGACUUACCUGUUGAAGCUCUUGACGCCAUUCGCGAUUUGCUUCAUGAUUUAAGAGUUCAUUGCAUGAGAAGUCUAUUAAUGCAAACUGCUGAAAAUAUCACACAUCUUGCCAGUCAAGAAAACUGGAAGUUGGAAUUUAUUGAAUCCCAUGGGUCUAUCACUCAAUUGCCUCAUAUAUUUGAAACACAAGUAAUCGAAUGUCUACAACUGGUGAAAGAAACUGUUUUUCAAUCAGAACAAAGAGAAACGAACUUGAUGGAGAACGCAUCUGUACUGAAUGACUUGAAUAUCUUAGUACAAAAGUUACUCUUCAGUUUUGCGCGUAGCACAGAGCGCCUGGCGUCUUCUGACCAGGAUCAUUCCGAAGAUUCAACUCGUGAAAUGAAAUUACUGCUAGGACUCAGUAAUUGUCAAUAUACAAUGCUUCAUAUUUUGCCCAGACUGAAAGAGCACUGGAACAAAUUAGGAUAUCCUGAUCUGUCAGCUGCCAUUCAAGCGGCUAGAGAUCUACUAGAGAAAACCGAAGAGCGAUUAAUGGAAGCAUAUUUAGAAGAAAAGGUUGAACCACUGAUUGGAAUUGUAGAGCCUUCUAUGUAUGCUGGACGCUUCGAUUGGAACAAGAAUAUUCCUAUUACAGAUGAUAUUCGGCCUUACUGCAAAGAAAUCAUAAUGAACAUGAUUGCAGUUCAUGCAGAAGUUGCCCAAGUUAGUCCUUCACUCGUCCCUCGUAUCCUCGAAAGAGUCGUGCGAGAGGUGGCAGCAGAACUGGGUCGUUUGUUUUCAUGUGUUAACAAAUUUUCAGACAGUGGAGCGCUUCAAGCAUCAGCAGACAUUUCUGCCUUAUCCCGAGCAUGUUUCAAUGUCGGGAAAAAUUCCAAUGAAACACGCUUGCAGCAAUUUUCGAAUCCUUUUUCUGAAGCUGCGGACAUGAUUCCGCCACUUACGACACCAGACAGUAUUGAAUCCCAUAAGAGAAUCCUCGUCAAUUUCGAAAAGCGGAUGAAGUUCCAGUUAUUUUGCCUUGAUAUAAACUAACGUGUUAAAAAACCUGUUUUCCCUUUAUUUUGAUUUUAAUUCAAGUGUAAUACAUAUCUACAA